AUGGCACAGGAAGCGGACAAAAGCAAGGCCGCGCCAAAGGACGCCUCUCUUGAGGAGGACGAUGCCUUCGAGGAGUUUGCAUCGCAUGUUGUGAAGGACGAGGCCCACGCGGCGGAUGAGGAAAAUCAGGAGCUGUGGCAGGCUGACUGGGACGACGAGGAGGUCGGGGAGGACUUCCAGCAGAAACUGCAGCGGGAGCUGGGGCGCCACAUGAAGGAGUAG